CACUCUCUCUCUCUUCUCUUACACACACACACACAUUUCUUUUCCUUUCUUUUCUUUUCUCUUUUGUCUCCUUUCCCUCUUCUUCCUUCUUCCUUCUUCGCACAUAUAAUCCACGCUAAUCACCCACCUCUGAACUUUCCCCAAAUUCCUCUAAUUCUAUCUCAAAAUACCCACUAACAUCAUUUUUUUUUUUUUUUGUUUAUCAAUCUAAUCUUCAAAGUUAGACUCUUUCUCUUAUUUUCUUUUCUGGGUUUUUGUUCUUUCUUCUUCAAUAACAUGCCUGCUUGGUGGGGUCGUAAGUCUAACAAGAGCAAAGAAGAUAAUCAUCAGCAAAAAACCUUAUUUUGUGAAUCAACAACAAAAACAACAACAAUAUCACCCACAAAUUCUGAUAAUAAGAAAUCACCCAGAAGUUAUGAGGAGUCAAGUCGUGGGAUUUUAUCCCCUCAUUUAAGGGGAAAUAAUAAUAACAAUAGUAAUAAUAAUAAUUAUUAUAAUCAUAAUAAUUGUAGGGAAUUUGGAAGUUCUGGAGGUGGUUCAUCUGGGAUUGAAUCAGAUGGUGGUGAUAAAAGAGUUAUGGGUCAUCCUCUUCCAAGACCAUCUAAUUCUGGGGUUGUUGCAGUUGCAGCAGCUGCAGCUGUUGUUGUUGGUGAUCAUGGAAAUGGUGGUGGAUUGAUAGCUUCUGGGUCGGCAUCCAUUUCAAGUGUUAGCUCUUCUGGUUCGAAUUCUGAUGAUCAUUCAUUUCCUCUUGAUCAACCCCAAUCUGGGGUUUUCAGUGGAAGGGCGAGGAGUCCCGGUCCUGGAUCAAGAGGAGCUACAGCUGCUACAUCACCUAUUCAUCCACGGUUGGCCGGAUUGAACACAGAAUCUCCAACAGGAAGACAAGAAGAAGGGAGGAGUCAAGCCCAUCGUUUACCCUUGCCGCCUAGUUCUCCUACUAGUCCGUCCUCCUUGGCCAAUGGAAGAGCUGGUUUUUUCACUGAGAGCACUCAAAACUCUCUAUCAAAAUGGAAGAAAGGAAGGCUUCUUGGGAGGGGAACCUUUGGGCAUGUUUACCUUGGAUUUAACAGUGAGGGUGGACAUAUGUGUGCGAUAAAAGAAGUGAGAAUUGUUUCAGAUGAUCAGAAUUCAAGAGAAUCUCUGAAGCAACUCAACCAGGAAAUUAAUUUGUUAAGUCAGCUUUCACAUCCAAACGUUGUUAGAUACUACGGCAGUGAGCUGGCUGGAGACACAUUGUCUGUUUAUUUGGAAUAUAUCUCCGGUGGGUCUAUUCACAAAUUACUUCAAGAAUAUGGCCCCUUCAAGGAACCUGUUAUCCAGAACUACACCAGACAGAUACUCUGUGGCCUUGCUUACUUGCAUAGUAGAACCACAGUGCAUAGGGAUAUCAAAGGAGCAAACAUAUUGGUCGAUCCUACUGGUGAAAUCAAACUUGCCGAUUUUGGCAUGGCGAAACAUAUGUCGUCUUGUCAUUCGGUUCUUUCGUUUAAAGGAAGUCCUUACUGGAUGGCCCCUGAGGUAGUGAUGAAUAAGAGUGGGUAUAGCCUUGCAGUUGAUAUUUGGAGUUUGGGAUGUACUAUUCUUGAAAUGGCAAUGGCAAAACCACCUUGGAGCCAAUACGAAGGGGUGGCAGCAAUAUUCAAAAUUGGAAACAGCAAAGAUAUUCCAGAAAUUCCUGAUUUCCUAUCAAGUGAUGCUAAGAGUUUCUUGUAUCUUUGCCUUCAGCGUGAUCCAGCUGAUCGCCCCUUAGCUUCACAGUUGCUGGAUCAUCCUUUUGUUAGAGACCAAUCUGUAGGAAGGGCCCUCAAUGCUAAUGCUACAAAUGAAGCAUCUGCAUUUUCAUUUGAUGGAAGACGCAAGCCACAACCCUUGGAAAUACAUCCACGUAGAAAGAGUAUUAGCUCCUAUGACACGGAUAAUAUCAAAAGGCCAGGGGUUGCAAUCUUUGAAGCAAGGGAUAAUCCAAGAUCAAUCAUGUCGCUACCGGUUUCACCCUCAUCAAGUCCAUUACAUAGACUGGUGCCUGCCUCCAAGAGCUGUCUUCUUUCACCGCCUCACCCAUCUUAUGCUUGGCCAGGGCAAAGCAGCUACAAUAUAAAUGAUCACUCGAUAUCUCCUACAAGAGGACGUACAACUGCAGGCUUCACACUUGAUCCAUGGAUUGAGAGCACAUUUAAGACCCAAACAACACCAAGUGGGUCCAAUCAUAUGCGGCUUAUUUGAAUGUCCAGGCCAGAAGA